AUGCAGCUGAAGUGUGACAUGCGCAAGAAAGAAGCUGUUUUGACCCUGUCUGUCUGCCCGUCACUCUACUUUCUGUCUAGUUCUCUACAUGAUCACAAGGAUGAUUUUCACAAGCGCCUGUCCUACACCACCCACAAACUAGAGAUGGUGGAGUCUGAGUUUGACUCCACCCGUCAGUACCUGGAGACGGAACUCCGUCGAGCCCAAGAAGAGUUGGAGAAAUUCACUGACAAACUACGCAGGAUCCAGAGCAGUUAUGCAGCUCAGCAGAGGAUCAAUCAAGACCUGGAGGACAAGGUGCACAGGACAUCCCAGCACCAUGAGGACGAGAAAAGAGCGCUGAGCCGGGAGAUCAUCGCCCUCAACAAUCACCUCCUGGAGGCCAAGAUCACCAUUGAAAAGCUCAGGGGAGACAACGACCUUUACAGGAAGGACUGUAACCUGGCAGCGCAGCUCCUCCAGUGCUCCAAGUCACACCACAGAGCCCACAAGCUAUCCGAGCUGCCCAUUGACUUCCAGGAGCGGGUGAGCUCCCACAUAGAGAAGCACGGAUGCGACGUCACAAUGGCGCUGUGCCACUCAUCCUACUCCGAUGCUGUGCCCACCGCCGUCAUCGCCAAGGUGCUAGAGAAGCCAGAGCCGGGCAGCAGCUGCCCAGUCGACCACAAAACCAGCCCCCAGCCAUUGGUGGACGAGGGCCAUGACCAUGACUUCGUGACCAAUAGCGUGGGCGGUGAAAUCUUUCAGCGCCGUACCGCCUUCCGGACUGCCGACCUGUACUGUAGCGACACGGCCCUCUACUGCCCCGAGCGCUGGCAGGAGCGCAGGCAGAGCGUAGAGGUCCACGGCCUCCCCAAGGAUCUCUUCCUCCAGGCCCAGAACUCCAACCCUCAGGAGGUGGCCUUCCAUUCAGGUAACUUCUCCCAACACAGGGCCCCCUCCUUCCACGGAGAGUUUACUGUGGGCUCCUUGCCGCUCUCUAGCUCCUACUCCAGCUUCAGUCAGGCUUCCGAGGAGGAGAAGGGAGGGGAAGGCUGCGGCGGUGCCACCAGCAGCGCCAUGUCCUCCUCCCACCAGGUGCUCUACAUGGACUGGCGGGAUGGGGGGUACGGUGAACACAAGAGCACCUCUUCUUAUGAGAAAGACAGCCCUCCCAGCCUCAGCCUCUUCCCCAAGUCCCACAGCUUCCAGCACAUGGCGAUGCUGCCUUCCCCCAACCCGGCGAAAGGUGGUGGCGGCUCUUCACCAGCAUACGUGCACACGCCGUCCUGCGGCUACAGUGAGCCAUACCACUCGCCCCACCUAGCAUCGUCGCACAGCCAGGGCUCGGCCCAGGGUGGAGGAGGACCCCGGGCGGUGGAGCGCUCUGACAGCCAGGCCAGCAUAGGUGUCCCCACCGAAGAAGAACUGUCUGGAAGCUGGAGGCAGCUGAGUGUAGAGGACAUCAACUCGUACUCCUACAACUGCAAUCCGGGCCGCAUGUCUCCCUACAGCUUUUCCGAGCAGCACUUCACCUUCCAGGAGGGGGACGCAAACGUCUCUCUCCACAGCCACGUGCUGGACCAGUGCUUGGCCGCUGCCGUCGGUGGUGGCGGACUCUCACCCAGUCCCAAACACCCCAGCAUGGGCCUGCGGGGCAGGCCCCAGCCCCUUUACAGAGCCAAGGAGGACAGCCAGGACUCAGAGUGCAGCCAGUUCCUCUCAGGAAGCUUGAAGGACAAGGAGAGCGGAGCGGCUGGAGCGGCACGGGGGACCAUGAACAAGGAACAUGUGGAUGCGAUCCCCAACAGCUUGGCCGAGUCCUUAGACCACCAAAGCUCCCUGGAAGCCCCCGGUCUGCAGCAGCAACACUACCAGAGGGAGAGAGUGAGGCCCAGCCUGAGCCUGGCUGUUCCCAGGAAGAGUUCUCAACACCACCAAAAAUUUGGAAGCACAGGAACAGGACUUAACAGGAAGGACAGUCUUACCAAGGCCCAGCUGUACGGCACCCUCCUGAACUGAACAGCUCGGUAACACUUUAGACUUGACAGGUAUAAUGCAUUAUGAUGCGGUUAUAAUUAAUUGUAAGACUUGUCAUAAGCACGUAUGACCCCUUAUAAAAAGUCUUAAUAUUAUCUCAAUGGCCAAAUAACAGCAAUUGUGAGCAAGUUGAAAAUAUACUUCAUAAAAAGCCAUAACAUAUUGUAACCCUUGUAAUAAGAAAUAAAAAGCUCAUGCGUGCUUAUAACAAGUAAUAAAAAAAAAUACAAUUAUACUGGUUAGCUUGAAGUAGUGUUACCAACAGCUCUUCCUUUUAUGCGUGACGAUUAUGUACAUCGUGUUUUCUGUGGCAAACACACAGUUGGUGUGGAUUUGAGAUGUUUUUGUAAUCCGGUGAAGGCAAGCUUCAAGCUGUCAGAUGCUACACAGCUGUGUUUUUUUGGGGGGCUGUUUAUGUCAUGAUACGGUGUAGUUAUCAGAGAGACCAGACACCAGAUUUCCUACAGUAUAUCAUCCCUUAUUCUCUGAGACAGCCAUUCAGCAAGCUCAAAGCUAUUUCGGAGAAGGCUCACAAGACAAAUUAUCGCUUUACAAUUAUGACAGUAUUGAGGCAGUAACUAUUGUACUAAAUAUAUAAGCUAUUAGCAUUUGAAGUAUGUCAGUAACACAACAUAAUUUAGUGCAAGCAUAAUGUCUGCCAUUCAUUUCGGCAGACAGACAGACCUAUGAUGUGAGAGCUGAGCGCUCCAAGUUCCCAUCAAACCCCCGCUAUUGAGAAUUUCAUUACAAUGGCAUAAUACCAACUAAAGGCUACAUAAACUCCUCAGCAAAAAAGAAAAAAAAGAAACAUCCUUUCACUGUCACUGCAUUUAUUUUCAGCAAACUUAACAUGUAUAAAUAUUUGUAUGAACAUAACACGAUU